UUCUGGUCACGUUUUUUGGCUGACAGCCGGCUGUCCUGGAGAGCGCUGGAGUGAGUCGAGGUCCAGUGCUGGAGAUAGCGCAGAGUACCGACACCUGCAGUAGGAUGUAAAGGGAAUUCCCACUCACCAAACUGAAAACCGAUCUGGCCAUCAUCUUCGUUGGUGUCUUGUUUGAGCCAGAGGAAAAGAAGAGACAGAGCAUGGUCUCGCGUGGCGGCCUCUGUUGCUAUGUGUGAAGGAGUGCUGUGGCGUCCAUGGAGACCGAAGGCUAUCGUGACCUCCUUGAGACCAGCGAUGGUCAGGGGGUAGGCCUGCUGGAUGGAGGGGGUGGGGAGGGGGUGGAGGAGGGCUGGAGCACCCCCUACCCUCUGGGCUACCAGGUGUCUUUGACCACUGUGCUGAUGCUGGAGCUGGUGUUGGGCUUCAGCAGCAACCUGACCGUACUUGUGCUCUACUGUGCUCAGUCCAACCUUGUGGAUUCAGUCAGCAACCUGGUCACAGUCAACCUCCAUGUCCUGGACAUACUGGUCUGUGUGCUGUGUCUGCCGCUGACUGUGGCUGUGAUCCUACUACCAGCUAAUGGAAGUGGAGUUGGCAGUCUUGCCACGCUGUGUCUCUUUCACGAGGCCUGUGUCACAUUCACUAGCGUCGCCACAGCAGUUAAUGUGCUGGUGAUCAGUUUGGACCGAUACGACAUCUCAGUGCGUCCAGCCAGUCGUCUGCUGACCCCCAGGCGUGCUGCGCUGCUCCUGGCAGCGGUGUGGGCUGUGUCUCUGGCUGUCUUCUUCCUGCCCUUCCUUGAGGGGGACUUCUUCUCUUUGAGGGCUGAGGAUGGUGAGGAUGAGGAGCCAGAGGCGCAGAACAAUGACUCUGAACUCACCACUGGAGUGACACCCAUUUUUUCCUCCCUUUCUCCUUCCUCUUUACCCUCCACUCAGCCCUCCUCCCCUUCACACAUCCUGCCUCCAGUGUGGCAGAACAGGACACUGCUGUGCAUCGGGGGGCAGGGGUAUUACACAGGCCUGGCUAUGUAUUACCACCUGUUACUCCAAGUGCCCUGCUUCUUCAUCGCUGUAGCUGUCAUGUUGUUCACAUACUCCAGAAUCCUACAGGCCCUCAACAUUCGCAUUGGUUCCCACAUGAUGAGGGGUGCGCGUGCAAAGGACUCCACCUGCAGGAUACGUUGCAGGAGGCAGAGGAGGAAGGACCUCACCUUGUCCACAGAGGUAGUGUCCUCCAACCAGAACCAGAACCUCACCCAUCCUCCCCUUAUACCCUCUCCCACACCAACACCAACAUCCCCACCACCACUCUCCUCCAUGCCCCAGGGGAUGUCUGACAGUGGAGCAACUGUCACUACUGUCAGUACUGCUGCCACCACCCCCAUCGCCACCACACCGGCAACUCCUGCUUCUCCAACCCCGGCUUCAGCCUCAACCCAGACCCAUGCCACUUCACCAUUGCCUGCCUCCUCCAUGGGUGUCCAGGCUUCGGUUUCUGCUAUCAUCGCUUUGAGGCGGGCUGUGCGUAGACACAGGGACCGUCGGGAGCGUCAACGUCGUGUUCUUAAAAUGUCCCUAAUCAUUAUAUCCACCUUUAUGGGCUGCUGGGCCCCUCUGUCUGCAGUCAAUGUUCUCAUCCUGUGUCUGGGUCCCAGCGACAGCCUGGUACGGAUCCGCCUUUGCUUCUUGGCAAUGGCUUAUGGAACCACCAUCUUUCAUCCUCUGCUCUAUGCUUUCACAAGGCAGAAGCUGCGCCGUGCCCUCAAAACACGUGUCAAGAAAAGGGUAGUGUCCCUUCUGCAGGUAGACCCAGCUCCCAGUGGGGGAACAGUUAUUCAUAACUCCUGGGUGGAGGGGGGAGGCCACAGGAAGAAUCGCAAGCCACGGAUGGAGGCCAGUGAUGGCACUGAUGCCUUACAGAGGCAGUGAGGGAAUGAGGCUGGUCUUCAGCAUGUUUGCAUGUGUGAGUGUGUGUGUUUGUGUGUGUGUGUGAAUUUGAAGAAUCAUGUGUAUCUUACCAAUUUGCUAGAGAUGGAUUGUGUGUAUAUCCUUGCAUAGGUGUGAGAAAAAUGAUAACCACUUAGUUUACAAAGGUCAGGACAAAUCCCAUGACCUCUGGUUCCAUGCAGAUGUGGAGACAGGUGAGUCCUGAGCUCUAAUUAGAGCAGCUCUCUGCUCUCUUUACACAGGCCCUCAUUAGUCCACUCCUUGACUGACAAGGUGACCGCAGUGUCUCCAUAGCAACACUGACCAAGCAUUAUAACAACACUAUACCGAUGGCUACUAAAGAUACUAGUGUGCACUCAACAUUUAGGGUAAGGGUUAGAUAACAGUAAACGCACACAUUAAUGCUCCUGCGUGCACUUUUAACUUGCAUGUGCAUGUACAUAUGCACAGAUAGACACACACACACACACACACACACACACACAUAAUGCACACUGAUCUGCAUUUAGUCAUUACCUGUGAAAGCACACUGAUAUCUACCUGCACAGAUAUUCUCAGUGAGAAAAUUAAUAAUUGAAGUCUAUAUUUCUUUUUCUUUCCCUAUUUUUUCAUGCCUUAAUUGAGUUAUUAAUGUAUUCUCAUGGUGCUGAAUGUCCUGCUGUAUGUUUACAAAAAAUGUAUACAAGUGAAAGGAUUUGCACAUGGUGUAGCAAAAUUAAUCGCAGGUAAAUGCAAGCAUUCAGAUUCAAAGUUUACAGGCUCAAGUGAAACUACCAGGAAACUGCAAAAAAAAAAAAAAACUGAUACAGAUUUCAUUUCAAACAAGCACCAUAUUUUAUAAGAAUGUGUGCAAAGUUAAGCUAAAAGGCAUGACUUUCUUUUGGAAAAAAUAAACUUUAAGAGUGACGUGGAUUACGUGGGCGAGGAUGUGUGAUUGUGUUCAUAUGUUUGCAUGUAUGCACGUGUGUUUGUGAGCGUGUGUGUGUGUGCAACAAAUGCGUGGUUGUAUGAAUGAACAAAUGUGUGUGUGUGUCCAUGAUUAUGUGCAAUAAAUCAUGAGCAAAGCAAUGACCCCUAGGAUGUGAACAAAGAGAAUGUGAACACAGAAUUGUCGGUUUUCUAUUAGUGGUUUAGAUUACAGAGGGAAGAGAGACGAAAGGGGACUUAAUCUUCUGAUUAACAGCAGGAGGCUGCUGGGCAAAACAUAAAAGCAAAUUAUAUGGAGCAGUUGUAACUAUAUGUAUAUGACAGGCCACUGUAAUACUACUGAAAUUGUAUCACUUCAGUUUUAAAGUGGUAAUCAAAGGGCAAUAUUUUGUUAAAACUCCAUUGAAACUGUCUCUGUAAUCACUGCAGGUAAACUAGCAUCCUAAACCAGAGAAAUGCUGAUGUGGAAAAACAAACAAACGCUGACAUGGGACACCAUCUCACGUUCGUUGUUUGUUGCUCUGGAGGACAGAGUCACUGCUUUUGGACAGCACUUUGAAUGACUGCGGAGGCAAACAGGCCUCUGUCAGCUUCUGAACUGAGUCUGGACAUAUUACACUAUAUCUGUGUCUCUCUUUCUCCUCAGGGCUUCAUGUCUCAUUUCAAAAUGUGCUGGACAUUGAACAAUAAACCAGCCCUCAAUCAGCUGUUGUAUUAUGGGUGUUAAAGUAGGUAAAGAUUUAUGUCAAUAAGUAGAUAGAGUACUUUGUAUGGGCUCAAGUCUUGGAGAGCUCCUUGGGCUUUGGGCUAUCUCCCCCUUAAUCCUCAACCCUUUUACACUAUUUCUGAGUCAGACAGAAGACAAUAAUUCUUGUGUAUUCGUGUACAUUUUUCAGGGAUGUAAAUAUUGAAGUGUCUGUUUUGAGUUUUAGUCAAAAAAAAACUUUUUGGGGGGGGUCACAAUCAUCUGCCGGACAGAAAAACAGCCAUUGUGAUAAACUCUGAAUGAUUUGGAAAGUUUCUGUAAAGAGAUGAUACAUGUAAUUGUAUUUGUGUUAAUACUGUAUGUGUGUACACUGUACUGUACAUUUAUGACCAUGUGUAUAGAGAAAUAUUAGUAUUGUAUAAGAUUUAUAUUACGUGUUAUUGUAUAGAACAGAACAGAAUCUGUAUUAA